AUGAAUUAGAUUUUCAUAGAAAACAAUUUAUUCCUAAAUGUUAGAAUGGAAUAAUAUUAUAAUAUGAACUAUGUGAUGAUGAUUAUAGAAUAAAAUUUGAUGGUUGUUAUAGAUAUUAAUAGGGUUGUUAAAUAGAAUGCUUAUUAUUUUUUGAAAAUAAACGCUAUUUAUGCUAAGAAGGAUGGUAAUUUCAAGAGUAUUAGUGUAAAUAGAUUUGUUGAGGUGGAUUAUUGGCAAUUUUAUUUAACGAAUAAUAUGACAAUCCUGGAAAUAUUAAUUUUGUUGAUUGUAAAUAUUAAUAUGGUCAUGAAUUUUUGGUUUGUGAUAAUUUCUUAAAUUGUGAAUAAUGUAUAUAUCAUUAUGAGAUUAUGGAUGAAAGGUUUACAAGUUUUUGUAAACAAUAUAAUUACUCCUAUUUUUUAAUAAUGCAAUAUUCCUUAUGAUGGAUGUUUAAUUACAAAUAUGAAAUUAUUUGUGGAAGUGAUAAUGGAUACAUUAAAUUUUGAACAAUUGAUUUGGAUAAAUGCUUUUUUAGAUCUUACUUAAAAUGUCUUGAUAUUUAUAAUUAUUAGAAAUGGAAUUGGUUUAAAAAACUUAAGAAAAAAACUGAUAAGAUAAUUUUUAUUUUAUAAACUUCAAAUAAAAAUUGCUUUAUAUAUGUAGAAAUAUCAUGAUUAAUAAAGACAGAAAAUGCUAUUUAGAAUCUCAAAUGCCCUNAUCUAUUAAUAAAUGCUCAAUAAGAUCCAAUUCAUGUCAUUCAUCCGGAUGUUUUAAUUAAGAAUUGUUUUCAUACCUUUUUUUCUUUAAAAGAAUUCUCCAUCAUAUAUACAGAUGAAGGAUUGUAGCAUUGAGAUAACCCAGUUAAAAAUUGUUUAGGCAUAUAACAUAUCAUUAUAAUGA